AUGGAGUCUCUAUUAUCACAAACACUAAACCAAGUAAUAGAUCCCACAAAGACGGCUCUUCUCAUCACCGUCUCUCUUGUAGUUGUGGCCUACCUUCUCUCACAACGGCUUAAACCGCUUUAUCCUCCCGGGCCCAAGGGCUUACCCAUAAUCGGCAACAUGCUAAUGAUGGACCAACUCACACACCAUGGUCUAGCCAAGCUAGCCAAUCAGUACGGCGGCUUGUUCCACUUACGAAUGGGAUUUCGCCACGUGUUUGCCAUCACAUCACCAGACGUGGCCCGACAAGUCCUCCAAGUCCAAGACAUCAGCUUCUCGAACCGGCCCGUGACUAUAGCCAUAAACUACUUAACCUACGAUCUAGCCGACAUGGCCUUCGCUCCUUACGGACCCUUUUGGAGACAAAUGAGGAAAGUGUGCGUCAUGAAGGUGUUUAGCCGGAAACGGGCCGAGUCAUGGGCCUCGGUCCGUGACGAAGUAAACAAUAUGGUCCGUUCUUUGUCUAGCAACCUCGGUAAGCCCGUAAAUGUUGGAGAGCUCAUUUUCACAUUGACACGGAACAUAACGUACCGAGCGGCGUUUGGUGCGGCGUGCGAGACGGAACAAGACGAGUUCAUAAGGAUCUUGCAAGAGUUCUCAAAGCUAUUUGGAGCAUUCAACAUCGCGGAUUUCAUACCGUUCCUAGGCUGGUUCGAUCUGCAAGGGAUAAACAAGAGGCUUGUUAAGGCCCGUAACGAUCUUGACGGGUUCAUAGAUGAAGUUAUCGAUGAGCAUAUGAAGAAGAGAGAGAUUGUAAACGUUGAUGAAGAUACAGAUAUGGUGGAUGAUCUACUUGCGUUCUAUAGUGAAGAAGAGAAGUUAGUAAGCGAGGAUUCAUCAACUGAUCGUAAUAAGAACGCCAUGAAACUCACACGUGAUAAUAUCAAAGCCCUCGUCAUGGAUGUUAUGUUUGGAGGAACGGAGACGAUGGCAUCGGGGAUCGAAUGGGCUUUGACGGAGCUCUUACGUAACCCAAACGAACUCAAACGGCUCCAACAAGAACUCGCCGAGGUCGUGGGUCUUGACCGGCGCGUGGAUGAGACGCACCUCGAGAAACUAACUUUCCUAAAAUGCACACUCAAAGAAACCAUGAGACUCCACCCACCGAUCCCACUCAUCCUCCACGAGGCCGUCGAGGACACGAAGCUCCAAGGCUUCUCUGUGCCCAAAGGCUCGCGCCUGAUGAUCAACGCCUUUGCCAUCGCGCGUGACCCAAAACUGUGGGUUGACCCGGAAGCCUUUAGGCCUUCGAGGUUUAUGGAACCGGGUAUGCCCGAUUUCAUGGGGACUAACUUCGAGUUUAUACCGUUCGGGGCGGGUCGGAGAUCGUGCCCGGGAAUGCAGCUUGGGCUAUACGCGAUGGAGGUCGCUGUGGCUAACAUCAUUCACUGUUACACGUGGCAGUUGCCUAACGGGAUGAAACCGAGUGAGCUCGACAUGAGCGACGUCAUGGGUCUUACAGCACCCAGAGCAACGCGCUUGAUCGCCGUGCCUAACACGCGCCUCAUCUGCCCUGUUAGCACCUGACCUGACAAUGGAGAGAG